AGACAAUUCCCAUCUGAGACAAUGUUCGCCGCUCUUGCUUUCGCCGCCCUCGUCGCCGCCGCCCAGGCUGGUGCUCUCGGAUACGGAUACGGUGCCGCCCCGGCCAUCGGAUACGGUGCCGCUCCCGCCAUCGGAUACGGUCACGCCUACGGGCAUGGAAUCGCCGCCGCCCCCGUUCUCGGACACGGAUACGGCCACGCUUACGCCGCUCCCGUCAUCGCGAAGGCUCACGCGCCUAUCGUUUCCUCGUACUCCACUGUCACCAAGCACGUUGCCCCUGUCGUCCACGCCGCCCCUGUUGUAGCUAAGGUCGCCGCUCCCGUUGUCCACGCCGCUCCGGUCGCCUACGGACACGGUCUCGGAUAUGUCAAUGGAAGCUUCCCGAACUCUUAUGAGGUGCCAGACUUCAAAGGUGACCUUGCCUUGCAGCUUAAUCAGUCGAGGAACGCGAAUGCAGACUCCAGGGCAAAUAACUUCAAUGCAGGGCAAGAUCACUCUCCGGCCCUCAGGAAUGAAUGUCCGAGUCCACGCAUCACGAUCUUCUCUGAAACAUCGGCCCUCGGAUCAGAGUUUUCGCACUUCCGGCCUGUGUAUACUCGAUUCGUAUCGGAAAAAUGCUCGCAUACGUUGAUAUGGGCCAUCGCCUUCGCCGCUCUCGUCGCCGCCGCCAAUGCCGGAGGCCUCGCUGUAGGCCACGGCUACGGAAUCGCUGCCGCUCCCGCCAUCGGAUACGGCCACGGAGUCGCGGCCGCUCCCGCCAUCGGAUACGGCCACGGAAUCGCUGCCGCUCCGGCUCUCUCUUACGGCCACGGUUAUGCCGCUGCCCCGGUCCUCGGACACGGUUACGCCGCCCCCGUCAUCGCUAAGGCCCACGCGCCCAUCGUUUCCUCUUACUCCACUGUCACCAAGCACGUCGCCCCCGUCGUGCACGCCGCCCCCGUCGUCGCCAAGGUUGCUGCCCCCGUUGUCCACGCCGCUCCCGCUUACGGACACGGUCUUGCUUACGGUCACGGAGCCUACGGACACUACUGA